GAGGGGAGCUGGGAAAUGAGGUCCUAAAGUGACGCGGCGUGAGUUAGUGGAGGUAGCUGAGGCGGCCGGACUUCCGGCGUUGCCCUCGAGGUGCUCCUUCUGCCGCUGUGGGUCGGGACGAGUAUCUCCAGAGCUGCGCGGCGGGCCCAUUUCCUUUAGAGGCCGCUCCGCGGAGGACAGGGGCGGGACCCCCGUCGCGCCUGUGCACGCGCUGGGACUCCCCGGAGGACCCCCUCUUCCUGAGACUCGAUGUUGCCCCCUGCGGAACGGGCGCCGGAGGGUCUGGGCCUCCCACAGGCGGCUUCCUGGGCCUUGGGCACAUUUUGGUCCUAGCUUCGAAGGUCCCACGGUCGGCCGGAGGCUCCUGCGCCCAAAGCGGGUGGUAGGUACGGAGCUGAGCUGAAGAGGCCGAAAUUCGGCGCCUGCCGCGGCCAUGCUCCGCCCACAGCUUCCUUUGGCCGAGGAGGCGCCGCCUGUUGUUGCUGUGGGCAGGAUGCAGAGUCCGAUAGUAACUGAGGAGAGGCACCAAUGGAACUGGGCCCUGGCAAUCCUCUGAGGGCUUGGUGACCUUUGAGGAUGUGGCUGUGUAUUUCUCCCGGGAGGAGUGGGGGCUCCUUAAUCUGACCCAGAGGAGCCUGUACCGGGAUGUGAUGCUAGAGAACUUUGCACUUAUUGGCUCGCUGGGAUUUGCACCUUCAAGGUCCCAUGUGGUUGCCCAACUGGAGAGUGAAGAAGAGCUCUGGGUGCCCAACAUUGUGGACUGGACACUGGGUAGCAGAGCAGAGGUCAGGAAGGGUCCUGGUCCUGGUUGUCCAUGUAGACUGGAGGAUGAGGAAGCCUCUCCAGAGCAGAUCAAGAACUACAAAGUCUACCUAUCAGAGAAGCCCCUUCUGUGUGGGGAGUCUGGAAAGGACGUCCCUACCACCUUAGGCCUCCUCCAGCACCAGGCCACCCACAGCAAGGAGAAGCUACACAAGAGCACCAAGCCUGCGGAGGCCUUCCAACCCAGCUCCAGUUGCCAGCAGCAGCAGGGCCUCCACACCACACAGAAGGCCUUCAAGUGCAGUGACUGUGGGAAAGCCUUCCUGAAGGCUUUUGCACUCCUCGACCAUCUGAUAACUCACCCCAAAGAGAGACCCUUUAGAUGCCUGAAAGUUGGAAAUGCCCCCAAGGAGAAAUUCACCCAUGUUAAUUACCAAAAAAUUCACACUGGAGAAACAUCCCAUGUGUGUAAUGAGUGUGGAAAGGUCUUCAGUUACCCAUCUAAACUGAGGAAGCACCAGAAGGUUCACACGGGCAUAAAACCUUUCAAGUGUGAUGAGUGUGGCAAAACCUUCAACCGUAAAGAUGCACUUGUUCUGCACCAGAGAAUUCACACUGGAGAAAGGCCUUAUGAGUGCAGCGAAUGUGGGAAAGCCUUCAGCGUUCUGUCUACUCUCAUUCGGCACCGGAAAGUUCACAUUGGAGAAAGGCCCUACGAGUGCAGGGAAUGUGGGAAGUUCUUUAAAUACAACCAUAGCUUCAUUCUUCACCAGAGAGUUCACACUGGAGAAAGGCCUUAUGAGUGCAAGCAAUGUGGGAAAACUUAUGUGACCCGCUCUGGCCUGUAUCAGCACUGGAAAGUUCACACUGGAGAACGGCCCUAUGAGUGCAGCCUGUGUGGGAAGACCUUCACCACCAGGUCCUACCGCAAUCGGCACCAGCAGUUCCAUACUGAAGAGAGAUCCUAUGAAUGUACAGAAUGUGGGAAAGCCUUCAAACACAGUUCUACCCUCCUUCAGCACAAGAAAGUCCACACUGGAGAAAGGCCGUAAGAAGACAGGAUGUUGGAAAGCCUGUAGCCAGGGCUGGGCACCUUGUUCAACAUGAAAGGCCUCACUCCAGAAAGGAGACUGAGGAGAGUAGCCAUUUGAAAGCUAAACCUAGCAUACCCCAACAUGUGCCCUGGGGUGGCAGGUGUGUAGGAAGCUUUCAGGAGCUAGGUUGCACUCCAACCUGCUGAGAUUGUUGGCAGUGUUAAGUCACUGCUGGUUUCUGUGAUAGAAGCCAUCCCACUUCCACCACCUGGCAGGUGCUCAAGAUGUGCAUCAGCCAUCUCAACGUGCUCUGGAACAGCAGACCUCCUUAGUCCCCACGCUGUAUAGGAAAGAAUCAUGAGUGGUGGAACCCAGAAUGGGCCUCAUUCCCCGCCUCCAACUGGUUUAGGUAUGUCUGUGACCAGGCUCUGGUCAAGAGUAGCUGAGCUGUGUCUAAUGGGGGCUUCCAGAGAAGGUUAAUCAUUUCCAUGGACACGGUUGACACUGUCACGGAUUUAUCCACCCCUGGAACUGACUGUCACACACUUCCCUGGAAUGUAUGGUAAUAAAAGCUUUAUUGUUUAAGCCACUUUUAAUAUUGGGGGUUCUGAUCACUGUGUGUGGAGGGAUUGAGAACAAGACUGGGCCCUGAAGAGAGGGACUGGCUUCUGUGGGGAGGGGUCCCUGACUUUUGUUGCCUUCCUGGGGAUAGCAGGAUGUCCCUCUCAUGGCCAUUACCCUGGUCCUGAGAUGAAGACCCUGCAGUCCUGGGAUGUGGCCAGUGCCCCUAGCAUCUGUGCCCACCGUGGCCUUCAUUGUUUUUGCUGCCAAGGGAGAGAAGUGGUUGAAUGAACAUAUGUAUCCAUAUCCACUGUUUUUUGGGGUCUUUUGAUUUUAAAAAUUUUGGAAACUAAUUUCCCAAAAGUUCAAUAAGAUAUCAGUUCAGCAAAACGUGUGUGUUGUUUGUAGAUGUGUCCCUGGUCCAAAAAUUAUGCUUCCUGUCAAGAAGAGAACUUGGAGGCAUGUUUAGAGAGAGAACUGUGACCCUAGACUUGAGGGGCUUUGAACCGCAGUGCUCAGCCAUGUGUUGGGGUUGGAAACCACUGCUGCCUUCUGUAACUGGUUCUUCUCCCCGAUCCCCCCCCCUCCCCCCCAAUGGUGGGAGAGGUGAUGACUACACAGGGUAGAAACCCCGGGCAGGCUUAAAAAGUCAGGGAACUUGUGUGUCUCGGUGGCUCAGUCAGCUAAGUGUCUGACUAUGUAUAUUUGCUUAUUUAGACAUUUCAUAUAAAUGGAAUCACACAGUAUAUGUUUUUCUGUGAAUGGGUUUCACAGAAACCAUAUUUUUGAGGUUCAUCUGUGUUGUAGCACAUAUCAGGACUCCAUUCCUUUUUAUGGCCAAAUAAUAUUCUAUUGUGUAGAUAAACCACAGUUUGUUUAUUCAUUCAUCAGUUGAUUAGGCAUUUGUCUUUUUUUUUUUUUGAUUUUAUUUAUUUAUUUGACAGAGAGAGACACAGCGAGAGAGGGAACACAAGCAGGGGGAGUGGGUGAGAGGGAGAAGCAGGCUUCCUGUGGAGCAGAGAGCCUGAUGUGGGGCUCGAUCCCAGGACCCUGGGAUCAUGACCUGAGCUGAAGGCAGACACUUAACGACUGAGCCACCCAGGCGCCCCUGGGCAUUUGUCUUGUUUCCACUUUUUGGGUAUUAUGAAAAACGUUGCUAUGAAUAUUCAAGUACAAGUUUUGGCGUAAGUAUGUUUUCAUUUCUUUUGGGUAGAUAAAUAGAAAUGGAAUUGCCAAACUGUUUUCCAGAUUGGCAGCACCAUUUUAUAUUUCCACAGCAGUGUAUGAGUAUUCCAAUUUUUCUACUUCCUUAUCAACACUUAUUAUUGUCUGUUUUCCCAUAGGUACCCUAGUGGGUGUGAAGUGCUAUCUCACUGUAGUUUUGACUUGCAUUUCUUUAAUGACUAGUGACGUUGAGCAACUUUUCAUGUGCUUAUUGGCCGUGAGUGUGUGUGUGUGUGUGUAGCAGAGGCCUGGCAUCAGGCCAAAGGUUCAGGCAUCAAAGAGAAGAGAGAAACUGACACCAACUUGGAGAGAAAAAUGCAGCAGAAUUGGAGGAGUGGCAAAGUGGUGAAAGGUUGAGAAGACAGUGGAGAGUGUCCCUCAUGGGGGAGGUCACAGGCCAGGGUCCAAGUGCAGGGAACUACUGUUGGAUGGAGCUCAGAGAACUAUCAUUAGGGCAGAAUGGGCAGUGUCAGUAUAAAGACUGCAUCAAAAACCUGUAGGCACCGGCCUGCUGGAUUGAGUGAGCUGAAAGUGUUGGAACUACUGAGCCCCACAAAGGCUGGUAUCCAGAACAGCUCAAAGGUCAGAGUCAUGAGACUUUUGCCUGGAGUGUUCUAGCAUCGCUGGCAAACAUCUUCCUUCCCCAGCAGACUUGUUGCUGUGUACUGAGCCCCAGUGGAAGACCAGGCCUAUUCAAGGAAAGCACAGAAGAUUCUUCAACCAUAAGCUGGGGGCCAUUUAAUGAAUCUAAUCAGCCACCCACACUGUACAAAGAAUUGAGCUGUGAUGACCAGUGUCUAUCCUACCCCAUUUGCUUAGAAGGCUUGAUCCUCAGUGGCUCAGUUGGCCUUUAUCUCUGAUCCCACAUGAGUCCUCCAUGUUGGUAAAAGACAUUACAUCCAGGAAGGGAGGCCUGAGCAGGGUGGGGGAUUCCCCCAAACAUCUCAUUGUGCUAGGGAGUACUUGAGCAGCCCUGCUGUAAUCUUUGAUUACUGCAAGCCCAUCUUGGGUUCCACCUCUAAUGUGGCUAUCAUUCCUUGUCUCUUCUGGGCUUUUGGGAAAAGUCACCCUGAGAAGAGGUGGCAGUAACACUGCCUUCCCACCCACCAUGCAGUAUGGAUGGACACUGCACACCGAAGCCUCUCAUGUCAGAAAGCUCUUGGUCUUUCUUCCCCCAGGUCUCAUGGAAGGGCCCAGGGGAACACAUAUGGCUCACCCACAGGUUUUGGUAAACUGCUUUUGUACUGUACAAAAUGUUUUUUGAAACGGCUUCUAAUA